AGAUGAUAGAAUGAGUGCUUGGCUAUCUAAACGAGUGUGUGUGUGCCCGUAUAUGAGGGAUCUGUCGGCCUCGGUAAUCGGACCAACUAUUAAUCCAUCUCGACUUUCAUUCAACCAGCGUAUGAGUCAUAUGACCUCCUACCAUUGCUCGACCACGAAUGGUAUACGAAUGGUAUACUGCGACCAUAACCCUACCUCAGAUGGUAUACCAGAUGGUAGGAAGUGAAGGAUAUAAAGGACACUCAUUCAUGUACUUAGUUCUUCGCGAUCAAUCUAGUUA